AAAGGAAAACAAAAUUCUCUGCGUUUGUGUUGAGUGAAAAACGUAUUGCAGUGAAAUUCUCUGAAUUUUCCGUGUUUUUAACGAAAAUUUGAUUUUCUCACAAUUUUCGGGUCGAUUUUGAAUAAAUACAAAUCCUAAAAGGCCUAAAAGUAUGGAUCAGGAUUUGUAUGAUGAAUUUGGGAAUUACAUCGGUCCGGACUUGGAGAGUGACGAUGAGGAUGACCAGAGCAUUUAUGGACAGAAUGAGCAACAGGAAGAGAUGGAUGAUGAGGCAAUUGAGGAGGAUGAAGUGGAAGCAGACGAUGAGAAACGGUCGAGAGCAAUAGUUCUGCACGAAGACAAGAGAUACUACCCCACGGCUCUUGAAGUCUACGGGCAGGAUGUGGAAACGAUUGUCCAGGAGGAGGAUGCUCAGCCCCUGGACAAGCCUCUGAUUGAGCCAGUGAAGAAGGUAAAGUUCCAGCUGAAGGAGCAAGAACUCCCCGAAACCUCCUACAACAUGGAAUUCUUGGCUGAUUUGAUGGACACUCCUCCUCUCAUCCGGAAUGUUGCCCUCGUUGGACAUCUGCAUCACGGCAAGACAACUUUUGUUGACUGCCUCGUGCGUCAGACUCAUCCGCAGUUCCAGGUGAUGGAGGAACGCAAUCUCCGGUACACAGACACAUUGUUCACGGAACAGGAACGAGGAGUCAGCAUCAAAGCCACUCCCAUAACCCUCGUACUGCCCGAUGUCAGGCAGAAGAGCUACCUGAUGAACAUCUUUGACACUCCAGGGCACGUGAACUAUUCCGACGAGGUAACAGCGGCGCUCAGGAUCUGCGAUGGAGUUGUCCUGUUCGUGGAUGCAGCAGAAGGAGUCAUGCUCAACACUGAACGGCUCCUAAAGCACGCCAUUCAGGAGAAAAUGGCCCUGACGAUUUGCAUCAACAAGAUUGAUCGUCUUGUGCUGGAGCUGAAACUCCCACCGCAGGAUGCUUACUUUAAGCUGAAGCAUAUUGUGGAGGAAAUUAAUGCCCUAAUAACAAUCUAUUCGGGAUCCAGUGGAAAUGCUCCUGUUAUCUCACCCAUUUUGGGCAAUGUUUGCUUCGCCAGUUCACUCUAUGGCUUCUGCUUCACUCUCAAGUCAUUUGCCAAAAUGUACGCAGACACGUAUCCAGGAGUGAAUAUUGUGGAAUUCUCCAGGCGUCUCUGGGGAGACAUGUACUUCCAUUCCAAGUCGAGGAGAUUCACCAAAAAAUCCCCACAUAAUUCGGCUCAGAGGAGUUUUGUGGAGUUUAUCCUUGAGCCACUUUACAAGUUGUUUGCUCAGGUUGUUGGGGAUGUUGAUACAACUUUGAUGGAUACUCUGGCUGAGUUGAAUAUCAAGUUGACUAAGGAAGAGUCUAAGAGCAAUAUUAGGCCACUUUUGAGGUUGAUUAUGAAUAGAUUUUGCGGGGAUUUCUGUGGAUUUGUCGAUAUGUGCGUUGAACACGUAAAGUCUCCCUUGGAUAACAGUAAAAACAAGGUUGAUCAUAUUUAUACGGGCGUAAAGGAUGGAGCUCUGUAUGAUGAUAUGCUAAAGUGCAAUCAGAAUGGGCAUUUGAUGGUGCACAGUUCGAAGAUGUACCCAACGGAAGAUUGUACAUUCUUUCAAGUUCUGGCCAGAGUUCUCAGUGGAACUCUCCAUGCUGGGCAGGAAGUGAGAGUUUUGGGUGAGAAUUACUCAUUGCAGGAUGAGGAAGAUUCAAGAGUGCUUCAAGUGGGAAGAUUGUGGAUUUAUGAAGCACGAUACAAAGUUGAAUUGAAUAGAGUUCCGGCGGGGAAUUGGGUGUUGAUUGAGGGAAUUGAUCAGUGCAUUGUCAAAACUUCCACAAUAACUGAUGUUGAUCAUUCUGAGGAUAUGUACAUCUUCAAACCAUUGAAAUUCAAUACACAGAGCAUCAUUAAGAUUGCCGUAGAGCCCGUGAAUCCGUCAGAAUUGCCCAAAAUGCUCGAUGGACUGAGAAAAGUCAAUAAAUCCUAUCCUCUGCUCAGUACAAGAGUCGAAGAGUCUGGGGAACAUGUAAUCCUGGGCACAGGAGAACUCUACUUGGAUUGUGUGAUGCACGAUUUGAGGAAGAUGUACUCAGAAAUCGAUAUCAAAGUUGCUGAUCCGGUUGUGGCAUUUUGCGAAACUGUCGUUGAAACUAGUUCCCUGAAAUGCUUCGCAGAAACUCCCAACAAAAAGAACAAGGUCACAAUGAUAGCGGAGCCCCUGGAGAAGGGAUUGGCUGAGGAUAUUGAGAAUGAUGUUGUGUCCAUUGGAUGGAAUAAGAAGAGAUUGGGAGAAUUCUUCCAGGUGAACUAUGAUUGGGAUUUACUGGCGGCCAGAUCAAUUUGGGCCUUUGGUCCGGAUAUCACUGGUCCAAAUAUCCUCGUAGAUGAUACCCUGCCAUCGGAAGUGGACAAAUCCCUCCUGGGAACAGUCAAAGAUUCCAUAGUUCAGGGAUUCCAAUGGGGAACGAGGGAGGGACCUCUGUGUGAGGAACCAAUUAGGAAUGUCAAGUUCAAAAUUCUCGAUGCUGUCAUUGCCAAUGAACCUCUCCAUCGUGGAGGUGGUCAGGUGAUCCCAACGGCCAGAAGAGUAGCCUAUUCGGCUUUUCUAAUGGCUACUCCACGCCUAAUGGAACCCUAUCUCUUUGUGGAAGUUCAAGCACCGGCAGAUUGUGUUUCGGCUGUGUAUACAGUUCUGGCCAGGAGGAGAGGACAUGUCACGCAGGAUGCUCCAGUUCCAGGAUCACCUCUCUACACUAUCAAAGCAUUCAUUCCUGCCAUUGAUUCAUUCGGUUUCGAAACCGAUCUUCGGACUCACACUCAGGGUCAGGCUUUCUGCCUCUCCGUCUUCCAUCACUGGCAGAUUGUUCCGGGAGAUCCCCUGGAUAAGAGUAUCGUCAUAAGACCGCUGGAACCUCAACCGGCUACGCAUUUGGCCAGGGAAUUCAUGAUUAAGACCCGAAGGAGGAAGGGACUGUCUGAAGAUGUCAGCAUCAAUAAGUUCUUCGACGAUCCCAUGUUGCUGGAACUGGCCAGGCAGGAUGUCCUGCUCAACUAUCCUCUAUAAGCGUUUUCUAAGCCUCACUCCCACAACAAAAUGCUCUUUCGCCUUUGGAUCAUCCGUUGCUGAUGAUGGAAUUCCUGGACUUUCUGGAAGUGCUCGAGGAGAGCAUUGAAAUCUAUGCUACUUUGGUUUUCUACUGACAGCGAAGUGUCAACUUCUGUAUUGUGUCCCCAGUACAUGGGGACGCACUGCAGACGAUUCUUCAGGAGCAGGAAUGCAUCUGUUUGCGGAAGGAGCAUGAGGAUGCCAAAGAGGGCUUGUGCCAGGUAAUGAGCAUCUGGACAUUUUUUCUCCUGGGAUAUCAACGUGAGGCGCAGAGCUGCAGAGAGACGAGGAAAUUUUAUUGAAAGAAUUAAAGAUUUUGAUGUCCAAAAAAAAAAAAAA